ACACAUGAUGUUGGUGUCUACGAAGUUUUAAAAAUGUUUUCAUAUAGUGUUGGUGUACGUUGAACGGUUUAAAAUUGAGGAGAGAGUGAUAAAGUGUUGAGUGAAAAUGACAGAUAUGCCUCCUUACCUCGCGGCCAAAGAUGAGGAUGAGAAUAGUGAUAGUGAAACGUCUUCGGAGGUAGAUGACUGGGAUUUACCUCUGUGUUUCAACAAGCCUAGGCAUAUUGAGCAGAUAAAAGGUGCGGACCGUGUGGAACACUCCUGGCGGGUCAAAGAGAAGUACAAAACACACUGCGUAGCCUUAGUGCUGUGCCUCAAUGUCGGAGUGGACCCUCCAGAUGUGGUGAAAACUCAGCCCUGUGCCCGCCUCGAAUGUUGGAUAGACCCAAACUCGCUAUCACCAAGCAAGGCGCUGGAGAGCAUCGGACACGCGCUGCAGUCCCAGUACGAGCGGUGGCAGCCCCGUGCGAGGUACAAGCAGUCACUUGACCCCACCAGUGAUGAU